UGACUUCUGGUUUCAUCCUGGCUAACUUUGACUAACUUGGCGCAGCUAAGCUAGUUCACUUCUGGCUUCGUGGCUCAUUGAAUGGAAGAGCUAACGUUUAUUUGUCGAUAACGUUGAACUGCAUAAGGGAAAAUGUCGUAUUUAUUAGCCACAUUUGUGGCUAUAUUACUGCUCAGUCCGGAGGCUUGUGGGAAAAGCGUGACGGGACUUUUUAACAGCGAAGCAGCGAGACAGCAGAAUGGCCAGUUCAUCACUAAAUUUAUGUACCAAGGUGAUAAUGGUCUGUUGGUGAUCCGGCUGGACAAUUCUGCUCUGGCUACGGAGAAGGAGUCCAGAGUGCUGCUGUAUAAGGACAUGGACUCGAGCCUUGACAACCUAAACUGCUCCGAGAGGCUUGCUAAAGCUCACAUCCCCGUUUCUCUCAGGGAUCAAGAACACAACCAGACGAUCCCUCGCCAGUCCUCUCCCACAGCCUGGCAGGCCCUAUAUGCUGACAGAUACACAUGUCAGAAAAAUGCAGUGAUUCCUUCCCACUCUGAUCUCAGUUUCACCAUCUUGUUGUUUAACGCCGACUCGGCUGGAAAUCCUCUGGAGCACUUCAGCGCAGAGGAGGCAGGUCUCCAUAGUUUUUACUUCCUCCUCCUGCUGGCCUACUUCAUAGCCUGCUGUAUCUACAUCCAGCCUCUGCACCAGGCUCUGAGGAAGGGAGGUCCUAUGCACACUGUCCUCAAAGUGCUGACCACCGUGCUGGCGCUACAGGGCUUCUCCUCUCUCUGCAACUACAUCCACUUCGCCAGGUAUUCCAGAGAUGGUACUGGUAUUCCUCUGAUGGGCAACCUGGCAGAGUUCUGGGAUAUGGUGUCCCAGGUGUCCAUGCUGUACAUGUUACUGAGUCUCUGUGCGGGCUGGACUCUGAGCCGAGGCAGGAAGCCUCAGUCCAGACCUCUGCAGUGGGAACAGUCUCGGGCGUCCACGGCUGUUGCUGUUGGCGGAGUCCUUGUACAGGGGGCGUUGCUGCUUUGGGAGCAGUAUUCAGAAUCCGAGAGUCAACAUCACAGCUACCACUCCCCGCUGAGUCUGGCAGGUGUCCUCCUCAUGGCUCUGAGAGUGGGCCUGGCCCUCCUGCUGGCCUCUGUCCUCUACCAGAUCAUCUCCACCGAGCGCAGCACCCUGAAGAGGGACUUCUACCUCUGCUUCGCCAAGGGGUGCUUCCUGUGGUUCCUGUGUCAUCCCGUCCUCUUCGUCACGUCGGCUAUCUUCAACAAGCACCAGAGGGAGAAGGUAGUGACCAUCGGUGUUAUCCUCUGCCAGUCCAUCUCCAUGGUGAUCCUCUACCAGCUCUUCCUGUCACGUUCUCUCUACUGGGAGGUCUCCUCUCUCUCCUCUGUGUCUCUGCCACUCACCAUGUCCAGAACGAACCACAGGGGGCGCUACUGAGCACAUCCACUCUCACGCUUCUGAGCGAGGGAGAACAUUCUACAACACAGUGUUAAUGUCCCAGUGUCUCGGGGGGGGGGGGACACAUCCUGAGCAUGAAGACAGAGAGUGAUGUAACACCGCAGGGUCUGCUCUCCUUCACUGUCACUGUUUCCUGGGAGAAUGCUAUUGGUUAGAACGGGUCCCAGAAUGACCAGAGGAAGAUACAUACAGCAACACCCUACCUCUAGUUACCAGAGCCAACAUCUCCAUCACUGAGCAGGAGGAAAGACACUGACACGCUGGAUGUCAUAGUAACUAACAGCCAAAGUACAAUUUGACUUACGCAAGCAUGUUAAAGACGGAUCG